AUGGAUUCCUGGGCACUCCCGGCCAAGCCGGCACAGAAUGCAGCGCGAGUUCCGACAAUGCCGUCCCUCUCUCACGCAUCUAGCCCAUCUACAUAUGACGAUCCGAGCUCUGGAUUGGAUUCCUCAGCCCGCAGACGCCUGCAAAAAGCCGCAUCAACAACCUUCCACAUGAAUACCACCAACUUUGAGCAACAGUCCCAAAGAGGCGUCGCCGGCAUGCGCUCAGGGGAUCUAGGUGGAAGAAGGCUUUCGAUUAAAGGGCCCAGGGCCCCUCAAGGACCUCGCCCCCAAGAAUCUCCGCGCAUGAGCAAACUUCCUGCGACCGACUUUCAUUCCGAACCUUUUCCACCGAGCUCCAUGCAAUCUUCGACCAAGGGCCUGAAUGAUCGCUCCGUCAGUAUCGGGAACCUUGCCAAGGUUGACGCAUGCCAGCAAGCCACGGCGACCGAGCGAGACGAUUUUCUUUCGCCCAUCAGCUUUGACGACUUUCACAACAGUAUAAUGGCUGAGCCAAGCCUGAAUCAUCUUCCCAUGCCGGGGUCGGCGAGUAAGCCAAACGAGCUUUCUAUCGAUACUUCAUGGAUUCACCAGAGCUAUGACAGCUCUGCCUCAGAAAGGUCAAAGGGUCCAGCAUCCCGGCGCAAGAGUGAGGUCAAUCGGUUCAACGGCCCGCCUCCGACAAACUCGAGCUCACCGAGCGUCUCUGUCGGUAACCGAAACCGUCGCCAAAGCCUCGCUCAAAAUGCUGCCGGUGCCGCUCUGGGUGCGCGCAGUUCUCGCAAGUCCAUCAGCUCGGGUGCCGUCGCUCCCACGAACGCGUCGGCGAGGCGUGCUAGUCUCAGUGCUCGAAAGGCCAGUGUUGACACCUCGCGAUUGGACAUGAAUAAUGUCCUUCGUACACGGACUCAAAAUAUGGACCUUGGACGGGAUGAAGGCAAGGUCCCAUCAGCAAUGCGCAGUCUCAAAGCAAAGUCUUUCCAGCCAGCACCCCGCGAGCCUCGAAGCACAUUUUUGACCACGACUCAGACUAUAGAUCAUACACGAUCGUCUUCAACAAACGCAGUCCGCACACCUGUCAAGAACACUCACGGUGUAGAGACCGUCGGUGAAGGUACAGCUGUACAUACAACACCUUCCUCGUCUUCCAAACGCGUGUCCACAAUGCCACAUGCGACUGGUUUAGGGGCGCGAACAAUAAGUCCGACUGACGCACGUCGAAUGAAACGCAUGUCCGUCGCCCCGACUGCUCCCCCUAUGCCACAUACGCCUCCCAUGCAAACGGAGCCUCUGCCCACAAGGCCCGUAUCGACAAACCAAUCUCCAUCCUUGAUUCCGAGAAAAAGCGUUACCCCUUCAUCAACCCGGACGACGCCUGAUCCAAAUCGCAAGUCAUAUAGCUCCGGCUUGUCAUUAUCAUCUACCACCAGCUACAAUUCUAUUCGGAAUUCUAGCCACUCCUUGCAACCUCGUCUGUCUCAAAAUUUCUCAUCCUCACGAUUACCAACUCCCAAACCCCGCACGGAGCAGUCAACAAAGGAAGGCGAAGAAGUACCACCUGUCCCUGCUAUCCCGAAGGCGUACGAGUCUCCUAAGAGUGAAUUGGAUGCGCCUUUAUUUCCAACUUCUCGGAAAUCCAGCUUGACAACCGACUUUGUUGCCCCCGCUGUUCCGCAGGAUAAUGACACAGCUGCUGUUGAAAUCAACGACAAAAAAGCGGAAGACCUACGCGGGCGUGCUACAAAAACACCUGAUUCACGGGUGCGAAACACCACGGUGCUCGGACGGAAGGGAUUGCAGCCGUUGAAACUACCCCCUCUCAAUUUACUACCAUUAGGAACACCAAUGACGACUAAGAUUGAGGCGCUGAGAGACAGAGAAGCUGAUGAACGGAAUACUCACACCCCCUCUCACCAGAUCCUUUCCAAGACUCCGAGCACUCCCAUGACUGCUUCGAAGGCCAAUUUCUGGCAACGCGGAGAUGACGAAAAAGUGUCAGCUACGCAAAUUCGCAGCAGCACCUCUCAUUUUGGUCUCAGCUCAAUCUCAUCCGGCGGUCUGCGCACCUCUAGUAGUACUGGGACAUUCGGACAACCAGAUGGGCCUAUUGCAACCCGCAAUAUCUCACCUUAUGCCUCGUCCACGCUGCCAAAGCCUAGCUCGGACUUGAGCUCCCUUCACCAGCAAGCUGGCGAAGAUUAUACCAAUCAUGUCUCGCAGGCCCACAAGAUCAAUGGGCCCCGUCCUCAGACACAGAGCGCUAUCUUCAGCCCGUCUUCUGAGACUCUUAGCCAGAUAUCGACGCCGUCCGAAUCUGAAUCCACCACGGUGGGGGCUAAUGCUUCUCUUAAAGAUCGAAUAAAUGUUGCCCGGCUCCGACGCAACUCAAAGGCUCAGCUUACGUCCGAGAUCGAUACAGACCGCACCAAAUAUGACAAUAUGCCGCCUCCAAAGCUCCCAGCCUCAGCAACGUGGAACAAUCUCUCCGCUGUGAAGUCAAGCAGCCCCGUCACGAAAACGUCCUAUUUGAAGCCUCGUCGCCAAGCCUCUGUGUCAAGUAUCACCAAGCAGACGUCGCCUCGAAAGCCAAGUGUCAGCAGUGACCGUAGUCUGGUUCUCGAGCACAGCACUACGAAUGAGUCUGUUGGUAGCGAUCAUUCACAAGUGCGUGCAAGCAGCUACGCUUCUCCCGUCCAUAGGAUUAUCAACACUGCCAGAUCUAGCGCUGCCAUUAAUCCACGAUCCGUGGAUGUGGGUGUUGACGCGGACAUUGCCGUUGCAGAUGAAGAGAUGAGGCGUCUUGGUGCGAAACGAAAAGACUUUGAAAUUGCCGCGAAGCAGCUUGAUGAGUUGCGCCGCAAGGCCGAGCCCAAGGAUCGUGUUGGCCCUGCCCAUGCUCUCAAGAUGGCCAAUUUGAAUAUCUUUGAGCGCGGUGAAAUCAUCGACUAUCGUGAUAUCUUCUUUUGUGGUACUCAAAACGCGAAGAAACACGUUGGAGACCUACACUCUUCAACUGCAAACUUUGGUUACGAUGACGACCGCGGCGAUUACAGCAUCGUCAUUGGCGACCAUCUUGCCUAUCGUUACGAGGUAGUUGAUGUUCUUGGAAAGGGAAGCUUUGGACAAGUCGUGCGCUGCGUUGACCACAAGACCGGUGCGCUGGUCGCAGUUAAGAUUAUUCGCAAUAAGAAACGCUUCCAUCAGCAAGCUCUCAUUGAAGUGAAUCUACUCAAAAAGCUCAAAGAGUGGGAUUCGGAACGUCGACACAGCGUUGUUGCUUUUGACCAAAGUUUCUACUUCCGUGGUCACUUGUGUAUCUCAACGGAAUUGCUGGGCAUGAAUCUCUAUGAAUUCAUCAAAGCGCACGACUUCCGCGGAUUCUCGCUCAAGCUCAUCCGACGGUUCACAAAGCAGAUGCUCAGCAGCCUGGUGUUGCUGCACGCUAAAAAGGUCAUUCACUGCGACCUCAAGCCGGAGAAUAUUCUACUUGUCCAUCCACUAAACUCAGAAAUCCGAGUCAUUGACUUUGGCUCCAGCUGUUUUGAGAACGAGAAAGUUUACACCUACAUUCAAAGUCGCUUCUAUCGCUCCCCUGAGGUCAUUCUGGGAAUGUCAUAUGGCAUGCCUAUCGAUAUGUGGAGUCUGGGUUGUAUUCUAGCCGAGCUUCUUACGGGCUAUCCCAUAUUUCCUGGUGAGAAUGAACAGGAACAGCUCGCCUGCAUUAUGGAAGUCUUCGGUCCGCCCGAGAAGCACCUGAUCGAGAAAAGUUCUCGCAAAAAGCUCUUCUUUGAUUCUCUUGGCAAGCCACGCCUCACGGUCUCGUCCAAGGGCCGUCGCCGUCGCCCCAGCUCCAAGGAAUUACGGCAGGUUCUUAAGUGUGAUGAUGACGCUUUCCUUGACUUCAUUUCCCGCUGUCUGCGCUGGGAUCCCGCUCGUCGGCUCACGCCCCAUGAUGCUCUCAAGCACGAAUUCAUCACCGGCGUCAAGCUCACAGCGCGACCGCGCGUUUAUGCCACCACGACUCCCUCCAAGCGUGGGGUGUCGGCCUCCAAUGCGCGUCCACUCCCUGAACCCCCAAGCGGAAGUCUGAAGAAUAUUCGUACUCGCGAUGUUUCAGGGACUUCCCCUGUGAAGGGUAUGAAUGGGAAACGCCAUUCGACUGUUACUGGUUUGCCGCCCGGUAGCCCUGCUAAGCGAGGCUCGACUCUCUCGGCUGUCUCCGGCACUGGUUUGCCCCGUGCCUCAGCACGCAGUAUCAGCGGGAAGCCUGAUCUCGCGACGGCAGCGGCGGCCACCAGUCUGGUAAGUCGAGGACCUCCGCUAAAGCGUGUCGAGAAUCAUCCUGACAGUUAG